UUAUGCUAGCAAGGCUGUGGGAGCGUUGAACAGUUCUUUCCCAGUUUUUUGAUUUUUGUUGCCUUUCCAUGCAUUCCUGUCCUGUUUAGAGCUGUGUCUUUUUACUUUUUAUUUGUAGUAUGCAUGGUUCUGAGGAUACUAGGAAACAUUCUGAAGGCUCGCUCUGAGGCAUGGCUAUUUUUGUUAGAAGCUGAUACUUUAGACUGAGCUUUAAGUGUUGCCUCUGGAAGGCCUUGGGUUGCUCUGGGAGGCCAGGAUUCUGCAGAGGAAACAGACAUUUCAGGGGGUGCAAAAGAAGAAGGAACACAAUUACACAAAGCAGAGGACCUCCCUCCUUCUCAUUCUGCAGCUCCUGCAAGUGUCAGCAACCCAGAAGUACUAUCUAAGCUGCCACAGUAAAUCUUGACCUUUUAAACAGAGUAUCUCUUACCAUCAUCAUGGCCGAGAUAACAGCAGAAGGACACAUGUCUACAACCACGACAAUAAUAGACGGUAAGAACGGAUCUGUUCCUUCGUCAUCCAUGAAAGUGGGCAAGAAAUCAGUGACAGAAGACCUUGUGACUACGUUCAGCUCACCAGCAGCAUGGCUUCUUGUUGUUGCUCUGAUUGUUACCUGGUCAGCAGUAGCUAUUGUAAUGUUUGACUUGGUGGAUUACAAAGCCUUAGCAGGUAUAGCCACCUAUUCACAACAUUGUGAUGAUCCCUGUUUACCACCUGGAAGAUCUGUUCACAAGCUCAGCACAGAACCACUGAGAAUCAUUCAUGAGACACUGGAAGAGUCCUCUGAUUGGAUUUAUGGCUUUUUUUCUUUACUGUCUGACAUCGUAUGGAGUGAUGAUGAUGACAGUGAUGAAGGUGAAAUGGAACCUUCCCUGAAAAAAGAAAUUCAGAAACAGAAGACGGAGAGACCUGAAAAACGAACACCAGCGAAGGCAAUUCACAGAGACAAACCUGAAAAACAAGAAAAAAUUGAGAAGAAGGAACCCCUAAAGGUGACAAAUAAAGACAAACUGGAAAGACAAGAAAAACCUGAAAAAAAGGAAAGGCAUGCAGCUAUUCCCAAAGAGAAACCUGAAAAGCCAGAAAAACAAGAAAAGAAAUCUCCAUCUAAAGUAAGUCAAAAAGAUGUACCUGAAAGACAUGAAAAAGCUGAAAAGAAACCUCCUCCCAAAGAGGAGAAGAAAGUAAAGAGCACUAAAGUGGAAGCAAAAGUUAAAAAGGAAGUGAAGGAUGGAAAAGGAGAAGCAAAGAUGGCAGAGAAGGUCAAGCAGGCAGAGACAAAACCAACAGAAACUGGGCUAAUAAAGGCCAAAACGAAAGUUAAGGAGGAGAAAGCUCUUCAGACUGUAACUAAAUCGGACAAGAAAGAUCAAUAUGCAUUCUGUCGCUAUGUGAUUGACAUGUUUGCGCAAGGGGAUUUUUAUCCAGGUGCAGGACAUAAGGAAUUGGUACCACCUCGUCUUCUUCUGGAACACAGUCCAAGAAAGAAACCAGCAGCUAUUGAAGAAGAAAAGUCUAUUGUGGUACCUAGAGAAGGGAAAAAGAGAAAAGAGGAGAAGAAAAAGAGUGAUGAAAAGAAGAUUACGACUGAAACUAAGAUGAAAGAAAAAACAGGAAAAAAGGAGAAAUCUCAUGAGAAGACAGCUGUCCCUGAAAUUAAAAAAGCAGAUAAAAAAGAAGCUGCCGUGUCCAAAGAACUCAAAAAGCCAGCGAAAGCUCCUGCAGCCAAUCCAGCCAUCAAAAAAGCAGCAGCACCAGCCAAAGCAAUAAAGAAAGAAUCAAAAGUACAUGCAUCUGUGGAAACUCCAAAGUCAAAAGCAGGACUGGAAAAAAAAGAAGGAAAAGCAAAGAAGGCAGCAGUGCAAGAUAAACCAAAGAUGAAACAAGGAAAUCCUGGAAAAGAGAAAGAAUUGAAACCUCCAGCUGCCACAAAAGAUAAAGAGCACACUAAAGAAAAGGAAGGAAAAGUAAAAGAACCUUGCAAAGAAGGCCUGAAGAAUGCCAAGUCUUUAAUAGGGGCCAAUUAA